UCAAAUGUCACGUCACUCCUGCUUCUUCUCAAACCAGUUUCAUGCUGGGGACCAGGCACCUGCCCUCAACUGGACUUUACCUCUUCUGGACUUUUGCUAAACCUUAUCCCGUUUCGGUUAUUUCACCUGGAGGGCAGUGCAACUGGAGAUCUGUUUGACGUUUUAUCGUUUUUGAAGAGGAAAAAAGCCCGAUUUGAACGCACAAUCUAAAGUAGCAUAUGUUUGGAAGGAUUAUAUUGCACACCUUGCACGAUGACUGCGAUGGGAAUUUGGUGCGUUUUAUGGCUCCCGACAUUCGCUCUCACUUCAGCCGCUCCGAAAUCACACCAGCGACUUCUGGAGAAGACGACUGAACAGAACGACACUUUGCAAGUUGAAAGAGACAACCAAGAAAAUAUAUUAAGUCAGCUGCUGGGUGAUUAUGACAAAGUGAAAGCGCUUGCGGAAGGCUCUGACUGUGGCUGUAAAUGUGUUGUCAGACCUCUGAGCGCGAGCGCGUGCCAGCGGAUCCGGGACGGUCACGCGACGCCUCAGGAUUUCUAUACGGUGGAGACCAUCACAUCAGGACCCCACUGCAAAUGUGCAUGCAUUGCACCUCCGUCGGCUUUAAACCCCUGUGAGGGUGACUUCCGGUUGAAGAAGCUGCAACAGGCUGGGAAAGAUAAUAUUAAGCUGUCAACUAUACUGGAAUUGCUGGAGGGUUCCUUCUAUGGCAUGGAUGUAUUGAAAUUACAUUCAGUCACCACAAAGCUUCUUGAUCGCAUGGACACUGUAGAAAGAAUGGUCUUAAACAACCAGACCGAGGAGAAGUCGAACACAAGGAGUACCUCUCCAAAUCCACAGCUGCUCACAUCUUCACCUGCAACUCUGCCUCCACAACUGCAGGAGAAGAGGACGAGUCUGAGGGAGCAGAAUGACCAGGCAGCUGCUUUUCAGCACAUCGAGAGUAAAUAUGAGGAAAAGUUUGUGGGAGAUCUUCUGAAGAGCAGCGGAUCAGACCUAAACAAGGCCGUCGCAGCUUUGCAAGAACAAGAGCGCCAAGGAAGGGAGAAGCAACCAAAAAUAAUUGUUAGGGGGAUCACAUACUAUAAAUCUGACCCAGUGGAUGAGACAGACACAGAGGAGAACUUAGAUGAUAAUCACAGUGGUGACAGCCCAAUUGAUCUCUUUGCUGACGAGCAGCUCCUUCAUCACAAAGCUCGCCACUUCAGGCCACUCAUCAAAGCGUGGUCUCUCCGACCAAAAUCCAAGAGUGAAGUUUCAAAAGGAGGAGAUGCACGAAAUGGUCUUCAAACUCAAUUUACUGGACUGUUGGACUCUGCCUUGCCGAUUAAAACGCCUACUGAACCAGUAUCUGUUCGAACUCAAACCAGUCGUUUCACCACAGACAGCUCUACAGGAGAUGAAAGAACCACAGCGACACCUGCUGUGAUGGAUAAUUUGAAGGUCACCAUCCCCAAGGAACAUAAUAGCCCUCAAACCAUCGUCAAAAAAAUAAGCAAUGCUCAAAACAUGUUGGUCAGGUCAUCCAAUCUGGGCCACAUAAAAACAAAUGAGUCGGCCACAGCAGCUGCUGCUAAAGUGGUGGCUGCACAGCCAACCCUAACAGAGAUUACCACCAACGGGACUGUUGAAAAGGAAACAUCUGUAUCUUCUGUGACUGAAGGUGGAAUUGUUAACAAGAAAAAUCUGAAAGAAAAUGCUUCUCACACUGGUAAACCUUUGUUUUCAAUGGACAGCUUAACUCAAAGCACAUUUAGGAGAAUAACACCAUUACCAACUCCUCAUUUGGACACUUUAACAGUCACAGAAAGCUCACUGGGAUCAACUGCUCACACAAGAGCUGCUACCACCAUUGUGACGUCACCUCAUGUCACUGAAAGCAAGGCAGACUCAGUUACCUACUUACCCAAGAUGACUCCUAAACAGACAUUAACCUCAGUGCCAUCUUUGAUGACCACUACAAAAACUACCACAACAACAACUACAACCACAAGCAAACCUGGCAAACGCAAAUAUAGCAAAACUAUGGUGGAAGAGAGUGUGGGUGAGGAACCUCAAAGGAAGCCAGGAAUGUGUAAAGACACCUUGGCCACAAUCUCAGAGCCCGUCACACACAAUACAUACGGUCGUAACGAGGGCGCUUGGAUGAAGGAUCCACUGGCUCAAUAUGACAAGAUCUAUGUCACAAACUAUUAUUACGGCAACAACCUACUGGAAUUCCGCAACAUGGAUGUCUUCAAACAAGGCCGCUUCACUAAUUCCUACAAGCUGCCUUAUAACUGGAUCGGCACUGGCCACGUGGUCUACAACGGCGCUUUCUACUACAACCGCGCAUUCUCUCGAGACAUUAUUAAGUAUGACCUGCGGUUGCGUUACGUGGCUGCCUGGACCAUGCUCUAUGAUGCAGUGUUUGAUAAUGACGACGUGUCUGCGUGGAGAUGGAGAGGAAACUCGGACAUGGAUCUGGCCGUCGACGAAAGCGGGCUUUGGGUGAUCUACCCAGCGCUGGACGACGAGGGCUUCUUGCAGGAAAUGAUCGUCUUGAGCCGCCUGAACCCCAAUGAUUUAAGCAUGAAGCGUGAAACCACAUGGAGGACCGGGCUCCGACGCAAUCAUUACGGUAAUUGCUUCAUCGUAUGUGGCGUUCUUUACGCGACGGAUAGCUACAAUCAGCACGACAUCAAUUUGUCCUAUGCCUUUGACACCCACACCAACACUCAGGUGAUCCCUCACCUGCCUUUCAGCAACAACUAUACUUACAUCACUCAGAUCGAUUACAAUCCCAAAGAGAGGGUGGUGUACGCCUGGGAUAACGGACAUCAGGUCACUUAUAAUAUUCAGUUUGCAUAUGUAGACCCACUGUAGACCCUAACGGCAGAGCAAGUACAUCCUUUGCACAAAAUAGAAGAAACCAUAAAUGUGUUCAAGUGGAUUGUGGAUCAGUUCACUCAGCUUUUCUUAACUUCAUGUAGUUUAAUGUACUUAUUAAUAUGCUGUUAUGUUUUCAUAGUGUAAAAAUGGACCUAUAUCGUUGCAUUUAUGGUGAAAACAAAGCAAAGCAAUUUUCUUAACUGAAUUUCUUAACACCCCAACACUGCAGCUAGCCUAUAUGAGCUUUGCAGUUUGCAUUAUUGGCCAUGUCUUUAGAUAUUGUUGCUUGCUUAUGCACUAUGGAAACGAACCUCUUUGUGUGUAUAGCUAUACCUCUCGUAAGGCUGGCAGAAUUAUAGUUGAGGUGUUGUAUUCUUAAAUCCAUUAGAAUACAUUGUAUAUACUGUAAUAUAAAAGCUAAAACAUGAGAUUGAUGAAUGUAAAAAAUACAAUUUGUAUUUUCAUAAACAUCUUUUUUAACAACUAUCACUUGCGUAUAAAAAAAAUAAAGUUUGAAAUUGUAUAAUUUCAGUAAAACAAGAGUAGACAAGUGUUUUGGGCACAUUUUCAUUGUGUUGUUUUUCAUCAGCACAUUUUAUACAUUAUUUCAGUAUCGUUUUGUGCAUAUUUUUUGCAAUUUCAUUUGAGACUCUUUUAGCACUUAUGAAAUUCAAAUCUGUCAGACUCAGAAAAUGGCUGCAAUAAAAUGAGUUGAAAUAAGACAUAUGGCACUGGUUUUCCUUUCGUAGUGGAUGUCAAGUGAGAGCGUGUUCUCAGCACAGGCCUUCUCAUUGGUCACUUACUGUAGAUGAGAGCAAAGUGUUACACUGUAAACCCCUUGAUCCACAGAGCUAAAUCUGGACAAACAAAACACAUCUACUAUAGUUUAACCCGAAAACAUUGUUUACCCCAGCCUUUGAAAUUACCUAUAAUCAGCACUUUACAGCACCUCAGACCCCACAUUUACACAAACCUUCAAUUUCAGAGAGCAAAUUCAGACUGACACAAGACUCUUGUCUGCGUCCUAAAAACAAAAGAUGCACACAAAUCACCCACAACCCUGAGUCCAGUGUUUAUUUCUUUGCGUUGUUACAAAACAUCGCUGUCACUGUGAGAACAAACAAAAAAAAAUCUUUCCAAAAAUGCAGAUAUUAAAUAUAUUAAAAAUAAAAAUGUUGAA